UCCAAGUAAGCAGAUCCGAUUCCAGGACCCGAUUGGGCACUCCAACCCAAACCCGCCAGGGGUUGGGCAUGCCUCCGCCUCACGCCGCCGCUCCAUCCGCCUCUAUGCCGCCGCUCUCCUCCCCUCUCUACAAACAGAAGUCAUGGUCGCCGGACGUACACCGAGACGAGGAAUGGAUGCGACGGAAGGGGAAACACCUCCACCGUCGUCGUCGGAAGAGCAAAAGCGUCACCGAUGAAGAUAUCGACGAACUCAAAGCUUGCAUCGAGCUUGGAUUCGGAUUCGAUAACUCUUCUCCCAAUUUGGAUGAUCGCCUUUCAACUACUUUACCAGCUUUAGGCUUCUAUUACGCCGUCAACAAGCAGUAUCACGACACGAUCUCCAAGUCUUCAUCCAUGUCAUCGUCGUCUUCUUCCUCAUCGAUUUCAUACUCAUCUCCUCCCUCGGAGGCUGAUUUAUCUUCACCAUCGAACACCUCUCAUACCAUAAUCAACCGAGGGGAUAAUCCACAAACGGUGAAGACAAGAUUGAGACAAUGGGCGCAAGUUGUUGCUUGUUCGGUGCGACUUUCAUCAUCAUCAUCAUCACCAUGAAUAAAAAAAUAGCCAACCAUGGUUAGAUCUAAACCCAAUACUAUAGUUUAAAGAAAAUUCAGACCAACCAAUCAAUAUCUAUGUUUAAUUUCCAAGAUAUUUUCUUGAUAUGAUAAUGAUGUGAGCCCAUCAUGUUUCUUGCCUUAAUUUCUAUGUAUAAUUGUUUUUUGUUAUUAUGUAUCAUGGUUUGUGUGUAUUUGGUUAAAUUUGUCUUGUUUUGCUUUUUGUUGUUGGAUUGACUAGUUUUGGUUAAAUUUUAAUGUAUAUCUUUUUGUUAUUAUGUAAGGGUUGUUAAUUGGUUUCUUUAUUGUGAAAAGGGAAAGUUUUAGA